GCGCAGCGGUCUUUCGUGCAGCAGCAGUGAUACACGCAGCAGGCGCAAGACUGGAGACAAUCUUUUUUUCAUUCUGUUUGACACUGAAAGCAAAGUUGCGAUUUAAAAAAUUAUAUUUUACAUUGGAUUAUUGGGAAAAUUAACGAAACGUGUGACAUAGAAGAACAAGAGGAGAGUGUUUACGGUGUGUUGGAGACGGGAGCUCUGGACGUUCAUGAGCUGGACUGCGCCGCAUUUGGUGGGCUGCUCCUAGCUUGGAAAAUCCCACCAUAUCCCUUACAUUUAUUCCCAACUCAACCGAAACGGAGAACUGACACUGAUGUAGAUGCAUUUCAAAGGAAAAACAUGGAAUAAAGGCUGACAUCGAAGGCGUCCUGAAGAAAAUAGCUUUUUUGCUGUUGUUGAAAAAGUACCCUACAGCUUAUUAAUUAAAUAACCUAUACAUUUUUUUGUAGUCUCUUAACAACACAUCACAAGAUGUCUGUUCCGCUUAGUGGAGCGCACCAAUCACAACGCCAGAUCUGACUGAUUGAUCCCUGACCUCAACCAUGUGGUGAUGCCAUAGACAAGGAGGGAUGGUCAGUGGGAACGUUCUGGCCAAGGCCCUGUACGACAAUGUGGCUGAGUCUCCAGACGAGCUGUCCUUCCGGAAAGGUGACAUCAUGACGGUACUGGAGCGGGACACCCAGGGUCUGGAUGGCUGGUGGCUCUGCUCUCUGCAUGGACGCCAGGGCAUCGUCCCUGGAAACCGCCUCAAGAUCCUGGUGGGCAUGUAUGACAAGGCUGGGCAGCAGCAGUCUCCACUCCCCCAUGCCUCCCAACCUGGCCCUGCCCAGAGCCCGAGCCAGCUGGCCUUCCCUCCGCAGAGUGCCUACUGCAAGCCCUCCCCCUCCUCCCAGUACACAGCCAUGCACCCUGCCUUCUCCAACCCUGGGCCUGUCCCCGCCCUACCUGACAGCAUCUACAUGAUGCCCCCCAACCAUGGCAAGCCUUCUUCUUCAAGCCUGUACCAGAUACCCAUGGGCCCCCAAGCCCCACCCAAGGCCCCCAUGCUCUCCCAGAAGAAGUUCCACGCUCCUGUUCAGGACAUCUAUCAGGUGCCUCCCUCAGCAGGAGGGCCUGGUCCUGGGCAGGAUAUCUACCAGGUUCCCCCCUCACUGAACCAGACUCAGGACAUCUACCAGAUCCCCCCCUCCAUAGAGAAGAGGAGCUGGGACUCCUCCAAACCUCUAGGAAAGGUGGUGGUGCCAACGCGGGUGGGUCAGGUAUAUGUGUAUGACACAGGAACGUCAGAGCAGGAUGAGUAUGACGUCCUCCCCAGACACCUGCCUCCAUCCCAGCAGUCCCAGGACAUCUAUGACGUUCCCCCGACCCACGGCCAAUACAACCAGCAGGUGUAUGACACGCCACCCAUGGUGGUGAAAGGCCCCCCCAGUGGCCAAGACGUCUAUGACACGCCCCCCAGUGUGGACAAGAGCCAGCUGUUCUCCCAGCAAACGGUGUACGACUUCCCCCCCUCCGUCAGUAAGGAUGUUCCAGACGCUCCUAUCAGGGAGGAGACCUAUGAUGUCCCCCCCCACUUUGCCAAGCUGAAGAGUCUGGAGAGCCAGAGCCAGGGCUAUCUGAUCCCCGGGGGACCUGAGCCCCCCAUUCCUGAAGAUGUGUACGACGUCCCUCCCCCUCCCCUCACCGGCAAGCGCCACCCAGACGCCUAUCACGCCCCCCUGGGCCAGGAGAUCUACGACAUCCCUGCCAGUCUGAGGAAGGGCGGACACCACAACCCCCAGGAUGUGUAUGAUUUCCCACGCGAGCGGCCUGCGUGUGAGGACUCCAUCUAUGAUGUCCCCCCUCAGGUGGUGAGAGACGCGGGUGCCACAGAGGAGAUGACUGUCAGCUUCAAACGACUGUCUGCCUCCAGCACGGGCAGCACCCGCAGCAACCUGUCCACCUCCUCUCUGGACAUGGUGCCAGUCAGGGAGUCGGCGGUGCCCAGCCAGGCCGGCCCGGGGAAGCUGUUGAUCCUAGACCUGGAGCAGGCCAUGGAGCGCCUCUCCCAUCUACAGCAGGAGGUGGAGGGCUCCGUCUCCCUCCUCAUGUCUUUCAUCAGUGGGAACUGGCGCAGCCCCACCCAGAUGGAGGCCAACCUGCCAGCCAUCAGGAAGGCGGUGGACAGGAUGAGGGCGGCCGUCAGGGACCUGCUGGAGUUUGCACGGGGGGCCGUGGCCAACUCUGCCCAGGCCACUGACCGCACGCUGCAGGCCAAGCUGGGCAAGCAGGUGCAGAAGAUGGAGGAAGCCUUCCAGGGCCUGGUCAAGUACAGCCAGGCUCUGGACGCUGUGGGCUGGGCCCCCUCUGCUCAAAUGGCACCCUUAGCAGGCAAUGGUGGGGAUGACCUGGACCGGCUGGUCAUGUGUGCCCGGGGCGUGCCCGACGACACUAAACAGCUGGCUUCCUUUCUCCAUGGCAACGCCUCGCUACUCUUUAAAAGGACAAACAAGCAGCAGCAGCUUCCUCUGCCCCACGUCCCCCACACUGCUGACCUCAUGGGUCAGAUGACCAACAACAACAUCUCAGCUUAUCAGACAGGAGACGGCAGGGCCAACAUCCAGUCCCGGCCCCUGCCGUCCCCGCCCAAGUUCACGGCCGAGGAGGAGACCCAUGACCGGCCCUACGAGACUACAGAGGAGGGCUGGAUGGAGGACUAUGACUAUGUGCAUUUACAGGGCAAGGAAGAGUUUGAGAAGAAUCAGAGGCAAUUAUUAGAGAAAGGGACCAGACACAACAAAACCACACUGGAACGGCAGCAGCAGCUGAAACAGUUUGAGCGACUGGAGCAGGAAGUCAGCCAGCCAAUCAACAAUGACAUCUCAGGCUGGACCCCGCCUCCCCACUAUCCAGCGGUCCAGCGGAGCAAGCUGAGCAUUGGUGACCGACAGCUGCUGCUCUUCUACUCGGAGCAGUGUGAGGCCAACGUCACCACCCUCACCAACGCCAUCGACGCCUUCUACUCCUCCAUCAACAACAACCAGCCGCCCAAGAUCUUCGUGGCUCACAGCAAAUUUGUCAUCCUCAGCGCACACAAGCUGGUGUUCAUCGGGGACACGCUCUCUCGACAGGCCAAGUCCCCAGAGGUGCGGGCGCAUGUGGCCCAGCACAGUAAUGCUCUGUGUGACAAACUCAAGGACAUCGUGGUGAGCACCAAGACUGCAGCGCUGCAGUAUCCUUCCCCCGGUGCGGCGCGAGACAUGACGGAGAGGGUGAGGGAGCUGGCCGGCUGCACACAGCAGUUCCGCAUGGCUCUGGGCCAGCUGGUGGCCAUGUGAACCUCUGGUCCUGAGACACUGACAUGGGGAGUCCACACUGGGACACACAGCACCCACACACCCAGUGGGCCACUAUCACAGACACAUGGACCCUUCAUCCUCCUCUUGUCCUUUUUAUUUUUAAAAAGGACAACUAUCUGACUGGGCUGGGCCAUAGGUUGUAAAUUAAUCAUUGUAAAUAUUUAAGUUACUAUUAGCCAGAAAGAAAAUGUACUUCCACUAUAUAUAUGUUUUUGAGACCUUCUGGGAAAACUCAACAGGAUGUAGUUUUUAGGCAAUGUCCAUUAUUAUUAUUAUUGCUAAACUGUAAUUAUUGCUCUGAUUAUUAUAAUUGUUAUCAUUAUUGUUAUAAUACGUUGAUUAAGGAUGUUUACAUUUCAAACUAAAUGUAUGUAGUACUUAAUGCUGUUUUUCAUCCUAGAUUAUCAAUAAUGGUGGAUUUUGUAAAAGUCAUGUACUUAGGUGAGGUGGAGGAUAUGUUGACAGAAAAUAAAUAGCUUUCCUUAGAGCUGUCAAAGGAGGCUAGGCAUCAUGUUGUGAGUGCAAGGCAUUCUGGGUAAGACCUGGGAGGGAGAGGUUUCCAUGACAGACAGUUAAUAAAGUUCUCACUUCUGUCAUGGGACAGGAUUCAUUUGAGUAGCUCUACAUACUAAUUAAAAUGUCCCAAUUAGAAUACUGUAUUUUAGUACCAUCUCUUCCUUUGAGAUUGAAGGAAGAAUGAAAAUAAUUUUAUGGUCAGCAUUUCUACUUCCCUUGUUCGUCAAAAGCACAAAGCUUUAUGCGUCUGUCUGCUGCCACUAGAGUGCUAGUAUUCACCACACUCUCCCAGACUCUCCUAGGCCUGCAUGCUCUAUGGUCUAUAGGGUUGGUUUGGACUCUUGUAACUCUGUUCUAGAAGUCUGUUCUAGAUGUCUCCUGUGCUCCAUACCAGGCUCUCUGCUCACCUCCCAGAGGUGGAACUCUGCCUCUCCUCCCCCUAGCACUUCCUGGACAGCACUGCUGCACCCUGCAGGCCAGGGGAACCUGUAAUGGUUAGGUGUACUGUUUGUGAGGAUAGAAUUGGUGUGAAAAGUGCAUUUGUUUUCAUUAGCAUGCACUCAACCCCCUUGUAAAUUGAUGAGCAUAUUAAGGAGUGGUUGUUUAUGAGCUCCACCUCUGCUUUUUACCAAAUGGAUGUACACACACACACACACACACACACACACACACACACACACACACACACACACACACACACACACACACACACACACACACACACACACACACACACACACACACACACACGCACGUAAGAUAUUGAUGGUAAUAUCCGUUAGCCUAAUAUGAACCAUUCUUGACACUAUUCAAAUCACAUUGCCGCAGCUGUAUCAUAUCCCACUUCAAUAGCUGUACCAGAGGGAUGUGAGUUAGCUUGGUCAGGGGGUGUGUUUUACUAUUUCUUCAGUCCUGGAGAAAUCUCCAAACAAAGCAGAGGAAUCUGCUAACACUCUAGUUUCCAUUGACCUGUUUUCUAAAACCUGACUGGUUGUAUUCUAAGUAUCAGAUUAUGUCAGAGGGUGAAGUUCAAUGCAACAUAUUGUAUUAUAAAGCACUGCAACAUGUUGUUGUGGAUAUAGUUGAAACCCCUAUGAAGUAAAAAAAAUAAUACAUUGAAAACUAA